AUGGGGUGCAGGUGCUGCAAAAUGAUACAAAGCUAUAUUUUUGAUCCAGAAGAAGUACAAUCACCUGGAUGCAUUCAUGAAGUGAACAGCUAUGAACACAAUGAGCAAGGCAGCAAUAAAUCCAAAUUCAAAGAGAACAGUGAAAUUCAAGAACAUAAAAAUGAACUCCAGAAGGAUGGGCUAAACAGAACAGAAAAUAAAAAUCAGGUAAAUAGCACAAAAGAAACUCUCUGGAACCACGGAGGCAGUGAUUUUCAAGAGGAUGGCCUUGUAAAGCAUGUUGCAAAGCUUGAUGUUGCAGCCAAUGGUGGCAACUCCUGUGCUGGAGUGCACUCCACACCCAAUCCCAACACAAACCCAGUGAAAGACGACAGUGAACAGGGAACCUCCAGCCAGUCAGACGCUUCUUCAGCCAGCAAUAGAGACUUUCACACCAAUUCAAAUAGGUCUGGCCAAGAACUUGACCUAGAGACAGGCAGCCAGAGGAAUGCAGCCUGCAAUGAGCCGAACAGUAUUCAAGAUGAGAACUCCUGGUCUGCAGAAGACAGCAUCUUUCUCAAAGAAACUGCAAUACUGGAGAAACAAAACAAUGCCAUACAGCUGCCAGAUAUUGAUUAUCCCCAAAAUUACAAUCAAACCAGGAACUAUGUUGAAAAAGAUAGCUUUUCAGUCAAUUGUGCACAUUCAGAUCAAAACACUGGGCCUUCGGCCAUACAGGACCAGGACCCUUGUGUAACCCCACCUUCACCUAUGAAGGAGAGCAGUAUUGAACCUUUUAAAACUGACUCUGCAUGUUUGAGUGAGGACGUUACUGGUUGUAUCACUGCUGUGGCUGUUACCAAAGUAGCACAGGCACCCACACACCCCAACCAUAAAGACAUCAAUGGAGAAAUUGAGGAGGAAGAUGCAGAAGUUGCAGCAGCUCUGGCUGCACUGGAAGCUGCAACUGCAGGGGAAGACCUGGAAGAUGACGACGAGUACUAA